CAGCACUGACUGUCCCUUGGCUGAGUCAUGCUGGGAAUUCCUGUCCAAGGCAGAAAUGAUGUCAUUAUCCCUGUAAGAGCUCCUGCUAUAUUAGCAGGGCCCAUCACUGCAUCUACCAAAACGCGCAAUCUGUCUAGUCUACAUCAUCUACAGCAUUAAGAUGUGCCUGGCUGCUGCUAGAUCCUGUUUAUUACUUCUUCUCACGUUCCUGCCUUAUAUUUGGUGUGAGCAGCCGUUAAACUGCAGGUGGGGACCGUAUGGGGACUGGUCAGAGUGUGACAGCUGUACCAAGACACAGGUUCGAAUGCGUCCCGUAGAGACUUUCCCGCAGUUUGGAGGCAGCCCUUGUACAGGCGAGCCCAUCCAGAGACAAACCUGUUCACCAAAGAAAAGCUGCCCUCUACAGACAGGAUGUGGAAACAGGUUUCGCUGCACAUCUGGUCAGUGCAUCAAUCCUUCUUUGGUGUGCAAUGGGGAUCAUGACUGUGAAGAUGGGUUGGAUGAGCAGCGCUGUAGUUCCAGCGGCACCAUAGUGUGUAAUGAGCAAAAGCCACCGCCCAACUCUGACAUCACAGGAAGAGGGGUUGAUGUGUUGACGGGUGAGCUGAGAGCCGGUGUCAUUAACACUCGUAGCUUUGGUGGGCAGUGCAGAAAAAUCUUCAGUGGAGACCACAGAGAUUUCUACAGACUUCCACAGAGUCUGCUCAGAUAUAGCUUUCAGGUCAGUGUUGAAAAUGAUUUCAGUGACGAGUACUAUGAGAGUUCCUGGUCCUACAUGAGGCAUGAAGAACAAAGAAAAAAUAUUAGAGGAGGUCAUGACCAUAAAACCUUUCAUAACGAAUUGAAACAGGACAAGACUUAUCAUCUGCUGAUAAUAAAAAAUGAGGUAGAGGUGGCUCAGUUCCAGAACAAUGCACCUGAAUACCUCCCUCUAUCUGAAGACUUCUGGAAGGAUCUCUCAGCUCUUCCCAGCACAUAUGACCCAUCGGCCUAUCGAUUCUUUAUACAGCGUUAUGGCACACACUACAUGGAAGAGGGCUCUCUGGGUGGCCAAUAUCGUGCUCUGUUGGAGCUGGACGCAAGUUAUAUGAAGGAGAUGAGUAAAACAGAUAUUGAUUUCCACCAGUGUAUUACACGUGUGAAGCGUCGGCUUUUCUAUAAAAAGAGAACAACCAAGUGUACAAAACUGAUGAAGACGAUUGAGAGUUCGAGUGAGAACAGAAAUCAUAAGAUGCCAGUAAAAACAGACAUUAUCGGAGGAUAUCCCGCUUAUAUCGCUGGCCUUAGUCUUCUAGACUUGGAAAACCCUGACAGUAACAAAGAGAUGUAUUCCAAAUGGGCUGGGUCAGUGAAGGAGUUCCCUAAAGUAGUAAAACAGAAGUUGCGGCCACUGUACGAAUUGGUCAAAGAGGUGCCAUGUGCCGGGCUGAAGAAACUCCACCUCAAGAGGGCACUGGAGGCCUAUCUGGAGGUGCAGAGCCCCUGUCACUGCAGACCAUGUCAGAACAAUGGUAUGGCUGUACUCACUGAUGGUGUGUGCACCUGUGUGUGCAGGCCAGGCACCAGUGGUAACGCCUGCCAGAAUGGCCAUGUCCUCGGAGAGCAACCAGGAGUGAUUGAAGGAGUCUGGAGCUGUUGGUCUGCCUGGAGUAGCUGCUCUCGAGGUCAAAAGUCAAGGACUCGUUCUUGUAACAAUCCUGCACCAAGAAAUGGAGGCAGAAAUUGCAUAGGAGAGACCAUAGAGCGUAAAAGCUGUGAGGACCCUGAUCUUGAGCACCUCAAAACGAUGGAGCCCCACUGCUUCGAUCCCUCAGUGACACCAGUGAAGACAUGUAAAACUCCACCUCCUUUGACAAAUGGAUUUGUUUUGGACCCCAAAGACAUCUAUCCAGUAAACAGUAAGAUUGAGUACACCUGCACAGACGGAUAUGAUCGCAUUGGCAAUCCAAUCGCUGAGUGUACAGAGAACCUGAACUGGAGGAUAUCGCACAUGGAGUGCAAAAAAACAGCAUGUGAUCCUCCAGCUGUUCUGAGCAAUGUCAUUGCCACACCCUCAAAACAAGCUUAUCUGAUCGGGGAGAGUGUGACCCUGUCAUGCCCAAGUGGAAUGCAGAAAGAAGGUGAAGCAGAAAUCAUGUGCCGUCUGUGUCUCAGCUGGUAUCCAACACCUGAGAGUGUCCGAUGCAGUCCAGUACAAGCAGUGCCCACUCAACCAAGCCUACGGUGCAAACCAUGGGAAAAACCGGCAAAGGGUCAGUGUGUUUGCAAAAUGGCAUACGAAUGCAAGGCGUCAUUCCAAGUUUGUGCCUCUGUGCGUCCUGGACGGGUGAACAGAAUGAGCAUCUGUCAGCUCGGGGCCUUGCGGUGUCUGGGACAAACGUUUACUUUGCUACAGGAUACUGCAUGCAGUUGGCCAGAAACCAAAUUCACAUCUUGUCAGGACUGCCAUCAGUGGGAGACGUGUGACGGUUCAAAAUGUGAAUGUAAAGAUGCGGAAGACUGCUCAGAUGACUCCGCCCACCUGUGUGUCUCUCUAAUGGGUGGAGCUCCUGAGAUGGUUUCGGAGUGUGAGGCGGGGGCUUGGAGAUGCAGAGGCAAAUCCAUCACAGUACUCAGCAUUGGAGAAUGUCAGGCAUAAACAACAACUUUCAAUUGUUUGUUGCAGCUGUAUGAUUUUUUAUACUGUAAUGUGUAGCAAAAUGUAACAUAUAAAAAAUAUUGUAAAUAAGUGCACAUUCAUUAAUAAAAUGGUUCUUAAAUUGUG